UCCUGACCGUUCCCGCACUAUAUAUAAAAAGCUGGAUCGGGAACGCUUCAGUCGUUCAGGACAGCUCGAGCGGAGAGCAACGUGCCAAAUCUCAGCUUCCCGAGUGAAUCGUGUCAACAAAGUAUUACUCAAUUUUUUUGGCUGCAAAUCAGAAGUGAAGUUUAAGUGUUCCAAGAUGCUGGACAAGUCAGUGCUGGGUGCUAGUUGGGAGAGCGUGGUGUCGAGGGAUGACUACGAGGUCGACUACAGUCCGAGUCCUAGAGGGUCUCCGUUGAAGGACACAUCCAACCUGCAGGAGGAUCAGACGUACUGCAUCAGCCGUCACAACCCCAACCGCACCUUCCGUCGAGAAUCAGUCAUUGCCUCUUGGAAGAGUCUGAAGAAAGAGAGGGAGCAAGCUUUGGGAAAGAGGAUUGUUUACGUAGACGCAGAAAACUUCGAAGAUUACUACGGAAGGAACAAGGUUAAGCGUUGCAAGAGCGAGAGGACAGCGGUUAGGACGGACAGUGUCAUGAGAGCCCCAAAGAAAGUCAAAAGGACGUAUUCGGUCCUAUACAGAUACGAUCCUAAUGAAGAGAAAGUAGUCAAAGAGUACAAAUACCAACUGCCAAAGGAGCAAGAACCAGUAAUGCCGGUCAGUUCGGCGAUGCACAAGGCCUUUUCCGAACCUUUCCUAUGCCCCGACAGGACACCAAAGAAGAAAGUCAAACGUUCCUUCACCACCCUUCUGAACAUUAAAACGAAGUUCUUAAACAUAUUCACUUCGAAGAGUUAAAACUUCUCCUGUAGUUUUAAUUGGAAUAGUUGCUCAAUUCAAUGCAUUUUUAUUUAAAAUGUAAGAGUUCUCAGAGGAGUUGAAAUUGUGAUCGUUUAAUUUCUAGUCAAAGAUUGGCGUCAAAGGAAUGUAAUGAUAUUGUAAUAAUAAGAUUAUUGGAACAUUUUAAUGGCGGUCCAGAGGCUUUGUCGUGGACUAAUCCCUUUUAAUCCGGAGUUGAACCCUUUUGAGAGCCGUGGCGGGGACAAUGCUUUGCAACAUUUAAUGUUUUGAGCUCGUUCCCCUGGUCAGUUUCAAACCAAAUUUAAUUUAGUAUAAGAU